AUGGAACUCAACCGAGAACAUUUUCGCGCCAUAAUUUAUUACAACUUUCAGAGACAAUUAUCGCAUCAAGAAUGCCUUGCUGAGUUACUGUCUGUUUUCGGCAACGAAGCGCCACAUCAGUCGACAAUUUCCCGUUGGUAUGUAGAAUUCAAACGUGGACGGGUGAGUCUUAGCGACAUUCCCGGGGUGGGUGCACCAAAAACGGCAGUCACCCAGGAAAACGUCGAUGCUGUGCGCAAACUCAUCAUUGAAGAUAGACAUGUGACAUAUCGCGAGAUUGAGGCCUCCUUGAAGAUCUCAAAGACCUCAAUUCAAAAAAUUUUACAUGAAGAAUUAGGAGUAAUAAAAUUAGUUUCUCGUUGGAUACCCUACCUGUUGACUGAAGAGCAGAAAGCAGCCAGGGUUAAUCGCGUUGUUAGUGGUGAUGAAUUGUGGAUUUACGGUUAUGAACCCGAAAAUAAACGACAGUCGGCUGUUUGGGUGUUCCAAGGUGAAGAAAAGACAACAAAAGUCAUCCGUUCUCGAAGUGUUUCGAAAAAGAUGGUCGCGACAUUUGUGUCAAAAGCGGAUAAUGCAAGCUCGCACACAGCUAAAAUAAAAAGGCAGUAUUUAACGGAAGAGAACGUGGCAUUAUUGGACCAUCCUCCGUAUAGUCCCGAUCUAAGUCCUAACGAUUUCUUUACUUUCCCGAAAAUUAAAAACAGACUGCGUGGUCAAAGGUUCCAGUCACCAGAAGAAGCAGUUGACGCAUUCAAAAAUGCCGUUUUGGAUCUGCCAGCAAACGAGUGGAAUAAGUGCUUCGAAAAUUGGUUCGAGCGCAUGCAGAUGUGUAUUAAUCUUUGUGGAGAAUACUUCGCAAAAUAA